AGGUCAAGAUCGCGCUCGUAAUCUGUCUCGGAGCCAUUUUUGCAUCCAUGCUCAGGUGCACGACACAUAAGUUGUGCCGACCCACAUGGAUGCAGUCCAGUAAUCCAUCAUGGUGGGUUCAAAUUCUGAUGCCGAUGCAUCAGAUUUGGGAUAACAGCAGCACAAGACGAAUAUCUGCACCUUCCGCCCGCCGUGUCACCUCGUGCCUCUUCGUCGGAAUUCUACUGCUGCCUACCUUUGUUAUUCAUCAAGAAGGAAUACUUCAACUCCAAAUGUCUCGCAUUAACUUUGUUUCUCUGGCGGUGAAGCGUCGAAAGUUAGAGAACAAUGUUGGUUCACCAAAUGAGGAGGAGGUAGCACUGACGAGAAAGGAGGAAGUGUCGACGCAACCACCAGCGCCCCAAAUGUUAUCCCGGCUAAAUCGUGCAAGAGGAGACAUUGAGCUGGAAUUUAGCCACGAAGUCUUGCUCAAACACCGAGAGCAUCGUCUCAUCAGCCAAGAGCUAGCAAAAUGCCAGAUCGCAUUGGAGCAGCUGCGUCGAUGUCACCUAAUUCCAUACCCGGCCCACGUUCCAAUGCCAGAACAAGUGCUGAACGUCACUAUUGGGCAAGAGCCGGCUCUCCAAGCAGAUUUCGGCACUCAAGUACCACAGUGGACGCCGCCUUUUGGUGUUGCUGAUGGGCCGUAUGCUCGACAUCUCGCCAGGUGGCUCAUACCGGAUCCCAAGUUCGACGGUAUCCCGGCGCCGACUCUGGAGCCAUCUAAAAGUUUGCGAGCGUCGAACUCCAUUGAUGCUCAUUCCCGCCUAAACACUAUCACCAAG